AGAUGUGGAUCCUUCAAAACUUGCUGUUCACCCUUUGUAUUGCUCUGAGGUGUGUGAUCAGUGCAGUAGGGGUGAUCCAUGUGACUGGAUAUAUGGGGAGUGAGGUUAAAGUUUCCUGCUCCUAUGAUGAGGGUUAUGAGUCUUAUGAGAAGUAUCUGUGUAAGAGCAACUGUGGUAACGGUGAUGUUCUUAUUAAAACAUCAGAAUCAAGGAAAAACAAAUAUGUUAUCCAUGAUGACAAAACAGCACGAAUCUUCACAACGACCAUCUUUGAUCUUCGUUCUGUGGAUGCUGGCAAAUACUGGUGUGGGGUGAGCAAAUUUGGAAAAGAUAUCUACACUGAAGUCGAGCUGAAAUUAAUGCCAGACAGCUGCUGUGACAAUAUGACCAAGCUUGAAAGCUAUGAGGGAUAUUCUGAGUCUAUCAGUUGUCCGUACGAGUCUCAGUACCAGAACAAUUUGAAGUACAUGUGCAGAGGAAAUCAGCGCUCCACAUGUCGUCGGCAGGCACUAAUCACCUCUCAUAGCAGACAACAUGGACGAUUCAGACUCGAUGAUGACAAAAUCUCAGGAAAAUUCACAGUGACCAUUAACAGUUUGACCAAAAGUGAUUCAGGAUCAUACCUCUGUGGUGUCCAAAGAAACUCGGACCUGGAUGUUUUCUCUGCUGUUGAGCUGGAAGUCAAAGAAGCGGUGUUCUACGCAGCCUACGCUGUUGUCCCUGUGGUUUUACUAAUAUGUGUCCUGGUUAUUAUUUAUAAGUACAAAUGUUACAAUGUGAGAGCAACUAAAGCUGUCAUGAGCAGAAAUACACCCAAAGCAGAUGAUGUGAUAGAUGCAGAAGAAGGUGGAAUUUAUGGAAAUCAAGAAUUUGUGGUGACCUUCAAACAGCAAAGCGCCUUGAACCACUUUGAUGAUCCAGGCGGAGAUGAACCAGAUUACGAAAACGUUACAACUGAAGAACGCUACUGCAAUGAAAAUUACCAUAAAGCUCACAGAAGAUAAAUAUGUACAUAUGUGCUUAAACUGUGGGUCUCAAUUGUAUGCAGAUCCUGUUUGAUUCAUCCUUAACACGAGGUGCUCACCAAAG